GCACCGGUACGCUGUACGUGUUAUGGUAGGUGACCACCAUUAGACUUAUAGAGAUAGAAACAAAACAUGAGGUAGAGAAUUAGAAGCUUAGGCGACCCGAUUUCAAUGGAGAAAGCAACUAUAUUUCUUCUUUUACUUGUUCCACUCAACAUUCAAAGCAUCUCUUCACUCGAACUCCACACCAUUUCAGAUUCAAAAUUCUUGACAGAAGGAGACACCUUGGUCUCACCGGCCGGACUUUUAGAACUAGGGUUUUUCCGGCCAGGAAGCUCCGAUAACAAAUACGUCGGUAUUUGGUAUAAGAAGAUCCCCGUUCAAACGGUGGUUUGGGUCGCCAAUAGAAACAACCCAAUCCCCGGUGACUCUUCAGGCACUCUAAAGAUCAUCCAAACAGGAAAUCUAGUCCUCGUCAACGACACUAACGAUGUCGUAUGGUCAACCAACAUGACGUCAUCAGGCAAGAACGCAAUUGCACAGCUUGACGACUCCGGAAAUCUAGUCGUCAGUGAUGGAAUCAUCAAGAACAAGAUUCUAUGGCAGAGUUUUGAUUAUCCAACUGAUACCCUUCUUCCUGGAAUGAAGUUCGGGAGAAACUUCUUGACAGGAAAAGAAUGGGGUUUAUCAUCAUGGAAGAGUAAUCAAGAUCCAAGUCCCGGUGACUACACGUGGACUGUUGACACACGUGGCUACCCUCAGAAUCUACUAAGAAUUUAUGGAUCGAUCAAGUUUCGGGGUGGACCAUGGAAUGGUGUAAGGUUCAGUGGUGCUUCUGGGUUCAGUAAGAGUAUGAUCUUUACAACCGAAUAUGUUAUUAACGAAACAGAAGUUGCUUUUACUUAUUAUCUUCAAAACAGUUCUGUGGAAUCAAGAUUUGCGUUGAAUUCAUCUGGGCAGCUAGAACGUUAUGUGUGGGUAGAAGAAGCUAAAAAAUGGCAGCUUAUUUUGGCAUUACCUAAAGACAUAUGCGAUACAUAUAACAUCUGUAAUGCUUAUGGAAGUUGUAGUAUUUUGACAUCACAAACAUGUGGGUGUAUCGAUGAGAAAAGAUUCAUGCCUAAAAACCAAAAGGGUUGGCAGAUAGCAGAUUGGUCGGGUGGUUGUGUGAGGCGAACACCAUUGGAUUGUAAAAAUGGAUCUGAUGGAUUUGUUAAGUAUACAAGUGUGAAAUUGCCUGACACAAAGAGUUCAUGGUUUAAUAUGAGUAUGAGUUUGAAAGAAUGUGAAGCAAGAUGCUUAAAGAAUUGUUCUUGUAUGGCUUUUGCAAAUACAGAUAUUAGAGGGGGUGGAAGUGGUUGUUUGAUGUUCUUUAACGAACUUAUGGACAUUAGAGUAUACUCGGAGGGAAAUGGAGGUCAGGAUCUCUAUAUAAGAAUGGCUUCCUCGGAAUUAGUUGCUCAAAAUGUUCAUGCAAAGGGAAGAUCAAAAAUGAAAAUAAUCAUACCAGCAAUCUUUUUAGGGGUUGUGAUAGGCUUGAGUGCUACAUGGUUCUGGUAUAUAUGCAGAAAAAGGCAUCAUCCACAACCAAAGAGGGAAGGGGAAUAUUCUCAUGGUGGAGAAAGCCAAAGUGAAGGAAUGGAGCUACCAUUGUUUACUUUUUCUAUGAUAGAUAAAGCUACUGAUAGUUUUGCACCUGAAAAUAAACUUGGAGAAGGUGGAUUUGGACCCGUUUAUAAGGGUAUACUAGAAGAAGGACAAGAAAUUGCUGUUAAGCGUCUCUCCAAGACUUCAAGUCAAGGACUUGAUGAAUUCAAAAAUGAAGUCAUUUGCAUUUCAAAACUUCAGCAUCGAAAUCUUGUUAGACUACUCGGAUGCAGCAUAGAUGGAAAUGAAAAGUUGUUGGUUUAUGAAUACAUGCCAAACAGAAGCUUAGAUUGGUUUAUAUUUGAUAAAACACGAAGCUCACUACUUGAUUGGCCAACACGUUUCAACAUCAUCAAAGGAAUUGCUCGAGGACUUCUUUAUCUUCAUCAAGAUUCGCGAUUAAGAAUCAUCCAUAGAGAUCUUAAAGCUAGCAAUAUUUUACUUGAUUUGGACAUGAACCCUAAGAUAUCAGAUUUUGGCAUAGCUAGAAGCUUUGGAGGAAACGAGACUCAAGCAAACACUGAAAGAGUCGUGGGCACAUAUGGUUACAUGUCCCCAGAGUAUGCACUAGAUGGUAUUUUCUCGAUAAAAUCAGAUGUAUUUAGCUUCGGUGUUUUGGUGCUUGAGAUUGUGAGUGGGAAGAGGAAUAGGGGAUUCGUUCAUCCUGAGCAUGACAAUAACCUCAUCGGACAUGCAUGGAGAAUGCAUAAUGAAGGAAGGACAAUGGAACUCAUUGAUACAACUUUCUCCAAAUCAAGCGAUCCAUGUGAAGUUUUAAGAUCAGUUGAAGUGGGAUUGUUAUGUGUGCAACAAAGUCCAGAUGAUAGGCCAGAAAUGUCGUCUGUUGUUCUAAUGUUGGGCAAUGAGGGAGCAAUGUUGAAACCUAAGCAGCCAGCAUUUUUCACGGAAAGGAACUUUCUUGGGCCGGAUUUUUCUUCAAGUACAUACCCAACAAGUUCAACUAAUGAUGUAACUGUUACAGAGAAAAAGAAGAACAUAGAAACCAUUCAUCUAAGGCUACCUGGAGUGGAGAGGUCUCCACUCAUGAGAUGCUUACAUGGACGGCUUCUCCAUGCGUGA